AGCCUGUUGACUUUGUGUUUGACUGGUAGGGGAAAAAUUCCGUCUUCUUUUCGAUCUUCUGAUUCUUCUCCAAUCCAAUCCAGUCCUCCACAAGGGUUGUUAUGGUUUCUUCCAUGCUCUCUGAUUUGAGCAAUUAUGUUUUUGCAAUUUCUGUGGCAAAUUAGAUAACGUAAUUAGUGGGGCAAGUACGAGUGAAACUCACGAGCUAUGAGUUUCUUCACAGGAUCAUCCAACCGCACUAGUACUAGGCAACCCGUCAUGACUGCGGAUACGACUGAUCCGAGUUAUUGGUUGAAUUGGAGGUUUCUCGUUUGUGCAGUAUGGAUCUUAUCUACCAUCGUUGCAGCCUCAAUUCUUAUAUGGAAAUACGAAGGUUUCAAAAAAUCAACAACGGGGAGGAGAACAGAAGAUGAGCGAGAAGCGGUGGGGGCUUUGUACGAGGGUGAAGUCUGGAAGACGUGCCUUAAGGGAAUUCAUCCCGCGUGGUUACUUGCUUAUAGAGUAAUCGCUUUCUUUGUGAUGUUGGGGUUGAUAGUUGCCAAUGUUGCUCUUGACGGAGGCGGCAUCUUUUACUAUUAUACUCAGUGGACGUUUGCUUUGGUCACAUUCUAUUUCGGGUUUGGAUCUUCAGUCUCGCUUUGCGGAAUUUAUAAGCAUCGCAAUAGGAUUGGUGAGGAUGAAGAGCGAGGCGCUUAUGUUGCUCCGACACUAGGGGAGAGUGGCAAUACGUUCAGUGGAUCUAAAAGACUUACUCAUGAAGAAUAUCCCGGCCGCGAAGGUGCAGGUGCAUGCGAAUACAUCUUUCAAAUUAUUUAUCAGAUGUGUGGAGGUGCCGCGGUUCUCACUGAUUGCGUAUAUUGGCUCAUUCUGUCCAAAUCUGACACACUGGAUUUUAUGCUGGUCAGUAUGCACUCGGUCAAUGCCGUUUUCCUCCUUGGCGAGGCAGUUUUGAAUAACAUGCGGUUUCCAUUGUUCCGAAUCGCAUAUUUUGUGCUGUGGACGGGAGUGUUCGUGAUUUUCCAGUGGAUAUUCCAUGCUUUCAAAUCCAUGGCGUGGCCUUAUUCAUUUCUCGACCUCUCAUCCUCGUACGCUCCCUUAUGGUAUAUUGGGAUUGGAUUGAUGCAUCUCCCAUGCUACGGCUUCUUUGCUUUUAUAAUUAGGAUGAAGAACUUGCUGUUGUCAAGAGCGUUUCCGGAGUCUUAUCAGAGCGAGAGAUGAGGAAGCGGAUGAGGACCGCAUUCGUUAAUCGGAGGCUACGUGGUGCGACCACGGCACCACAUUGCAAAACCAUUUUCAUAUGGCAGAUUAAUGAUUUUUUGGCCUAACUCUGGUGGUUCCGGCUUCGAAUUGUAAUAAGCUGCACUAGAUGAUUCUUCUUCUGAAGCAGCUACGGCAUUUAGACUUGCACGUAACAAUGAUAUGAUUGAUUUUUCAAUGUCCUUA